AUGUCUCAGAAUCAACGAGAGGCCUGGGAGCGAGUGCAGCUCAUGCUGCAAAGGCGCAAGGGUGGUUUUGGAGGGCUGCCCACCGGUGGUCGCGGAGGCGGCAUGGGUCUGGCUGGACUCGUUCUGUUGGGUGUCGGCAGCUGGGCCAUCUCCAACUCGCUCUUCAAUGUCGACGGUGGUCAUCGUGCUAUCAAGUACUCCCGUGUGGGAGGUGUGAAGAAGGAGAUCUACAACGAAGGAACUCAUUUCCGGAUUCCUUGGAUCGAAACUCCUAUCGUAUACGACGUCCGCGCAAAGCCCCGCAAUAUUGCUUCCUUGACGGGUACGAAGGAUUUGCAGAUGGUCAACAUCACAUGUCGUGUCCUGUCCCGCCCCCGAGUCGACGCCCUGCCACAGAUCUAUCGUACUCUGGGUCAAGAUUUCGAUGAGCGUGUCUUGCCAUCGAUUGUGAACGAGGUCUUGAAGAGUGUGGUUGCGCAGUUCAACGCUAGCCAGCUGAUCACGCAGCGUGAGAAUGUUGCCCGCCUGGUCCGGGAGAACCUGGCUCGGCGUGCAGCACGAUUCAACAUCGCUCUUGAUGAUGUUUCCUUGACGCACUUGACCUUCUCUCCCGAGUUCACUGCUGCCGUUGAAGCCAAGCAGGUCGCUCAGCAGGAUGCCCAGCGUGCUGCCUUCGUUGUCGACAAGGCUCGCCAGGAGAAGCAGGCUUUCAUUGUUCGCGCUCAAGGUGAGGCUCGUUCGGCCGAGCUGAUUGGUGACGCAAUCAAGAAGAGCAAGAGUUACAUUGAGCUCCGUAAGAUUGAGAAUGCCCGCCAGAUUGCUCAGAUCUUACAGGAGGCCGGCGGCAAGAACAAGCUGUACCUGGAUGCCCAGGGCUUGGGUCUGAAUGUCAACACGCCGAACGAGGAUAUCAAAUAA